AUGUGGCGAGCUGUCGUAUUAUUUAUACUUGCAAAUAGUAUUUAUUGUGAUGAGGAAGAAUUUAAAACAGUCGUUUUGGAAGAGGGUAUCGUGAAGGGUGAUAAAUAUUGGGACGGUGAUUUUUAUCGAUUCUAUGGAAUACCAUACGCUUCUGUACCUACAGGACGGGACAAAUUUCAGGCUCCCCUGCCUCCUAAACCUUGGGAUGGAGUAUUUGAAGCCACUGAUAGGUCAACAGUAUGUCAGCAAUGCUAUUAUUCCAGUGACUAUGAUGUCAUGGUUGAUGGCGAUGAAGAUUGCCUUCUUAUAAACUUACUCGUACCCCUGGUAGCUUCAGAAGACAAUCUAUUACCCGUAGUCGUUUACAUACAUAGCGGUGCAUUCUCCGGUGGAGGAGGAAAUAUGGCCCAUUUCUUUUAUUUAGCCAGACACGAUGUUAUAACAGUUAGCUUUAAUUAUAGAAUAGGCGCUUUAGGAUUUGCUUGUCUCGGCAAUAAAGAAAUACCCGGGAACGCUGGUCUAAAAGACCAGCUAGCUGCUUUACGAUGGAUAAACAAAAAUAUCAAACGUUUUGGUGGUGACCCUAAUCAAGUUACGCUGGCUGGGUUUAGUGUAGGGGCGUCAAUGGCUGAGCUACAUUCUUUGUCGAAAGCAUCUAGUGGUUUAUUCAAUAAAAUAAUUUUAGAAAGUGGUUCUGUACUGUCACCUUUUGUGAUAAAUCGUAAUCCUAUAGCUACAGCUAAAAACAUAGCCCUAUCUCUUGGAUACAAUGGUACAGAUACCUUGGAGGGGUUAACAGAAUUUUAUUUAAAUGCUACAGUCAAAGAUUUGGCAGAAAAAAGUUUAAAUUACUACUUGAAAAAUAGUACUUUUGGUUUCGCUCCUUGCAUUGAAAAUGAAAUUGAAGGAAUAGAACCAAUUAUAACGGAAUCACCUUUGGAGUUAAUGAAAAAAGGUUUUAAUAAAGAUAUUUCAGUUGUAACUGGCUUCUCAAACAUGGAAGGUAUUAGUAGAACUAUUAAGUUUGGCGAAUGGAGAGAAGAAAUGAAUGACGACUUUGCUCAAUUCCUACCCGCGGACUUGAAGUUUGAUAGCGAAAAAUCUAAAAAUGAUUUCAUUAAGGAAAUCAAACAAUUUUACUUCGAAGGUAAAGAGAUAAAUGCCAAUUCUUUACAUGGGUACGUAAAUUACUUCUCUGAUUCAAUGUUCAAGUACAGUAUUAUGAGAUCAGCUAAAAUACGUGCACAAUUAACAAAAAAACCGAUAUAUCUUUACGAGUUUUCUUAUGUUGGUGGUUUGAAUAUAGAACAUAAUUACAAGGACAGACUUAAAGGUGCAAGCCACAGAGAUCAAACAGCCUAUAUUCUAGACUUUUUUGGAUAUACAAACACUUAUAAAGAUUUAGACACGAGGGAAAGAAUGACUAUGAUGUGGACUGACUUUGCUAAGUACGGCAAUCCAACUAAAUAUGAAACAUCUCUCAUAACCUUCCCAUGGCUACCUUAUACAAAUGAAGAACAAAAUUACUUAGCAAUCAACAGAAAAUUGGAGCUAAGAAAGAAUCUUUUUGAAAAAGAAUGGAAAUUUUGGGACAAAGUAUAUCAGAAAUAUUACUGGAAUCCAUCUGCUCCGAAGAUUCACGAUAUUAAACAAUAAAAUUUUAUUUAGUACUAAAAUAAAUAAAUUAAUAUAAAAA